CCCGAAACCUCAUAGAAGUUUACAUCUCAUACGUUUGGGUUGAUACAUACGACCAUGGCAUCAAAAAAGUACGCCUUCCUCCCCAUGGAGGACGACGAGGUCGGUCCCGCCAAGGUAGUCAAGGACAAGAAGAAGCACAAAUCGCGCCAUCGCGACCGUUCGAGCGAAAGACACCGGGAUCGCGACCGCAGCGAUAAACCUUCGAGAAGACGAUCACGCUCCAGAUCACCGGCCCGACCCUCAAAACAGUACCGCAAACGAGACGCAGACGACGACGACAGGUGGGCGGACGAGGAGCCACCGUCGGAACCCGAGGAAGCGGACGGCAAUGACGAGCCCGAGUUCAAAGAGUCUGCGUCGAAGCGGGUAAAGCUUAGCCACGAUGAUCGCUAUCGAGACGCGGACCUGUCGGACGGCGCGAAGGAGGAGCUGGAGCGUCAGCGCGACAUUGAGGAGCGCGAGGCCUUUGCGAAGCGGUUACGGGAAAAGGAUGACAAGAAGUCAAAGACGGCUGAGAGCCGACGGCCAGAGGUGGAUCGCAAGGCGAACAUGGAGGAUCUCCGCAUGAAGAGUCGACAGAUGUAUCUCGGGAAACGAGAGGCUGAGAAGCUUGCCCUGCUGCGCAAACAGGUCGCUGAAGAGACGGAAGAGUUGAGGAGCGGCGUGAGGCUAUCGGAGCGGGAGAAGGCUGAAUUCACCAAGAACCGCGAGAUUCUACGGCUAGCGGAGGAACGCCUCAAGAUUGAUGACCACAAGGAUGGGUACUACAUACCGGAGGACUACAUCACGGAGAAGGGCAAAAUCGACAAGAAGAGGAAAGAAGAUGCGAUGUACAAGAGAUACGUGGAGAAGGAUGAGUACGGGCAAGAAAAGUUCGUCACGGAGCAUGAAGAGUGGGAAAGGGAACAGGCCACCAAGGCCAAGGCGCAGAUUCAGAGGUCGGAGAGAGAGAACGACGAUUACUCCUACGUCAUGGACGAGGAGCAGUACAUCAAAUGGAACUUGGGAUCAAGUAUGCCUGGGGAGGGCAAGCUGACCAAGGAGCAACAGUUCCUGGCGGCGCAGAUCGAGGCAGCAGAGAAGAAGCAGCUCACAAUCCAGGAGACGAGGAAGAGCCUGCCCAUUUACGCAUAUCGAGAUGACUUUCUCGCGGCGAUGGAAAAGUAUCAGAUUCUGGUUAUUGUUGGAGAAACAGGUUCCGGAAAGACGACACAGUUACCGCAAUAUCUACACGAAGCUGGUUUCACCAAGAACGGAAUGAAGGUCGGCUGCACGCAGCCGCGUCGUGUUGCUGCGAUGAGUGUCGCUGCCCGUGUGGCAGACGAGGUUGGCGUCAAGGUCGGGCAGGAGGUCGGAUACUCGAUUCGUUUCGAGGACAACACGAGCGACAAGACGAUUCUGAAAUACAUGACGGACGGCAUGUUGCUGAGAGAGUUCAUGACUGAACCUGAUCUUUCCGGGUACUCAGCUAUCAUGAUUGACGAAGCUCACGAGAGAACUGUCCAUACAGAUAUCUUGCUUGCUCUGGUCAAGGAUCUGGCAAGGGAACGGCCAGACUUGAAAUUACUGAUUUCAUCAGCGACGAUGAACGCCGAAAAGUUCGCCGCUUAUUUCGACGAUGCCCCUAUUUACAACAUCCCCGGACGAAGAUACCCAGUUGACAUUUACUACACACCAGCACCAGAGGCCAACUACUUAGCAGCCGCCAUCACCACAGUCUUCCAAAUCCACACAACGCAGGGCAAGGGCGAUAUCCUUGUCUUCCUCACGGGUCAAGACGAGAUCGACGCGGCCGAACAACAAAUAGUCGAUACGGCGAAAAAGCUGGGAAGUCGCGUCAAGGAGCUUGUUGUCUGUCCAAUUUACGCCAACUUGCCAUCGGAGUUGCAGGCAAAGAUCUUCGAACCGACCCCAGAAGGUGCUCGCAAGGUCGUUCUGGCUACCAACAUCGCCGAGACCAGUUUGACAAUUGACGGUAUCGUCUAUGUCAUUGACCCCGGCUUUGUCAAGGAGAACGUCUACAACCCCGCCACCGGCAUGUCAAACCUCGUCGUGACGCCCUGCUCAAGGGCGUCCGCGAACCAGAGGAGUGGUCGUGCCGGUCGCGUCGGACCCGGAAAGUGCUUCCGCCUCUACACAAAGUUCGCCUACAUGAACGAGAUGGACGAGUCGCCCAUGCCCGAAAUUCAGCGCACGAACCUGAACGGCGUCGUCCUCCAGCUCAAGUCGCUAGGCAUCAACGAACUCCUUGACUUUGAGUUCAUGGACCCGCCGCCGACCGAGGCCCUCAUCGGCGCCCUGAACCAGCUCUUUGCCCUCCAGGCCCUCAACCACAAGGGCGAGCUUACCAAGAUGGGCCGCCAGAUGGCCGAAUUCCCCACGGACCCGAUGCUCGCCAAGGCCGUCCUCGCCGCCGACAAAGAGGGCUGCGUCGAGGAGGUGCUCUCCGUCGUCUCCAUGCUAAGCGAGGCCUCGGCGCUCUUCUUCCGCCCCAAGGACAAGAAGAUCCACGCCGACUCGGCGCGCGCCCGCUUCACCGUCAAGGAGGGCGGCGACCACCUGACGCUCCUCAACAUCUGGAACCAGUGGGUCGACAGCGACUUCUCGCCCAUCUGGUCGCGCGAGAACUUCCUGCAGCAGCGCUCCCUGACGCGGGCGCGCGACGUGCGCGACCAGCUGGCCAAGCUCUGCGAGCGCGUCGAGGUCUCGCCCUCGAGCUGCGGCGCGUCCAACCUGCCGCCCAUCAAGCGCGCGUUGACGGCCGGCUUCUUCCCCAACGCGGCGCGCCUGCAGCGCAGCGGCGACAGCUACCGCACCGUCAAGAAGAACGCCACCGUCUACGUGCACCCGUCGUCGGUGCUCAUGGGCGUCGACCCGCCGACCAAGAUGCUCGUGUAUUUCGAGCUCGUGCAGACGACAAAGGAGUACAUGCGCAGCUGCAUGCCCAUCGAGAGCAAGUGGCUCGCCGAGCUGGCGCCGCACUUUUACAAGCAGAAGGACGUGGAGGCCAUGGAGGAGAAGAAGAUGCCCAAGGCUAGGACUUAUGAUCGGUAAAGCAGUCGUACUGUGUGUAGAGAUUUGGUGGACGGGUUGAAAAGAGGGGGG